GCGUGGCGGCGGCGGGGUUUGGUUUUCACAACUACUUUUUCUUUUCUAAAACUUGUAGCUGGUCCAUUCAGACGUUUCUGUUAAUGCAGCUCGGCAUUUGCAGCAUACCACCCUCUCCUCGCGUUGACCUGAGUUCCAGUGCAGGCGGCCACUAACCUUAUGGCAGUAGGGAAUGACCCCUCUGAAUUCCAGUGUCCUCUGUAAAUGAGGCUUUGGAAUAUUUAACAACCAAGGUUCCUUCCAGGGUUGAGAUCUGGGUUAUUUUUUCUGAUGUGUCUGAUUCCCUAAUUACUUAUUUCUGUGUUGUUUUGUCCUGUAGUCUUUACCAUUCCAUUCAUCCAUGCCCUUUUGUCAAUCUGGUUUCACAGCUCAUUUAAUAAUGGGCGUAGGGGCACAUGCCUUUGGUGCUUUAAGUGGUAGCAUUCUAGAAGCAGAGACAGGCAAAUUUCUUGAAUUCAAGGCCUGCCUUGCCUACAUAAUGAGUUCCAGGACAGCCAGAACUACAUAGUGAGACUCUGUCUCAAGAAAAACCAAAAGAAAAAAAAAAGAUUUAAGGAAUCCUAUGCUCUCUGAGCACUUCCUUUUGCUUCUUAGAUCAGAAGCAUAUGCCUACUUGCUUUUUGAGGUAUAUGGUAGAUAUGUAAAUGCUUGGUUAUUGGAUUCUAAUAUUUUUUUUAAGUGUAUGUGUGUGUUAUGCCUGCCUACCCAUAGAAGCAAGAAGAAAGUGAGAUCCCCUGAAACUGGAGUAGUGGAAUUGUGAGCCUCCCAAAACGGAUGUUUGGGACUGAGCUAAGUUGUGUCAAGAGCAGCAGUGCUCUAUACCAAAGCCACCGCUCUGGCCUCUUCUUUUCUCCCUGCAACAUCGCAGAUUGAACCUGAGAGAUGAGGAAAAUGAGGCCCACAGGACAAGAGUGACUUGCUCUGCCGUGAUAAUGCUGAUUUGUGUCAAAGCAGGUGUCCACCCAAGGUUCUUUGGUUACCUCCCCAGGAGAAGCAUGAAUCAGAAGCUACUGAAGUUGGAGAACUGGCUGCGACUGCACACUGUCUGUCGGCAGCUGCACAGCUUGAGUCAGAGAGGACUGCUCGCUCGGUGGAAGCCCAGCUUUUCCCCGGCUUCUCCGGUGUGGGCCGAGCAGCUGUGCGCCCGGCCCUGGCAGACGGACAUGCUCGUGGGUGCCGCCUUACAACAGCACAGGCUUUUUGUGACAAAGAAGGAAAAAAGACCGUCAAGAUCUCAGUUGUCCCCAGUGAAGUCUAAAAGGGAUGUGGAAGUAUGGGUUGGAAUGACUGUGGAGGAACUGGCCAAAGCCAUGACAAAAGACGUAGAUUAUAUAUAUGAAGCUUUAUUGAACACUGCCAUUGACAUAGAUUCAUUAGAAGCAAACUCAUAUUUAGAUGAAGUCUGGAUCAAAGAAGUUAUAAAGAAGGCAGGAAUGAAGCUGAAAUGGAGCAAAUUAAAACAGGAGAAAGUAAGAGAGAACAAAGAUGCUGUAAGAAGGCCCCAGGCAGACCCAGCUUUAUUAACACCAAGGUUCCCAGUUGUUACUAUAAUGGGUCAUGUUGAUCAUGGGAAAACGACGUUACUUGACAAACUUCGAAAAACUCAAGUGGCAGCAAUGGAAGUUGGAGGCAUCACUCAGCAUAUUGGUGCCUUUCUUGUCUCUCUGCCUUCUGGAGAAAAGAUAACCUUUCUUGACACUCCCGGACAUGCUGCCUUUUCAGCAAUGAGAGCCAGAGGCGCUCAGGUGACUGACAUUGUGGUGUUGGUCGUAGCGGCAGAUGAUGGAGUGAUGAAGCAAACUGUAGAGUCUAUUCAGCAUGCUAAAGAAGCACAAGUUCCUAUUAUCCUUGCGAUAAAUAAAUGCGACAAAACAGAUGCUGACCCCGAAAAAGUGAAGAAAGAGCUCCUGGCUUACGAUGUGGUGUGUGAAGAUUACGGUGGCGAGGUUCAAGCCGUGCAUGUGUCUGCACUUAAGGGAGACAAUCUGAUGGCUUUGGCAGAAGCGACGAUCGCUCUCGCAGAGAUGCUGGAACUGAAAGCCGAUGUCACGGGUCCAGUGGAAGGAACAGUGAUAGAGUCUUUCACCGACAAAGGAAGAGGUCCUGUUACAACAGCUAUAAUUCAAAGAGGAACUCUGAGAAAGGGCUCAAUUCUAGUUGCUGGAAAGAGUUGGGCGAAAGUUCGAUUAAUGUUUGAUGAGAAUGGACAAACACUUAAUGAGGCCUAUCCCAGCAUGCCAGUGGGAAUCAUAGGCUGGAGAGACCUCCCUUCUGCAGGAGAUGAAAUUCUUGAAGUAGAAUCUGAGCCAAGGGCCCGAGAAGUUGUUGACUGGAGGAAGACUGAGCAGAAAGAGGAAAAAGGCAAAGAUGACCUGAAAAUAAUGGAAGAAAUGCGAAAGGAGCACCAAGAAGAGCAUCGGAAAGCCCGUGCAAAGUAUGGCAGUCUGCACUGGAAGAAGAGGUCAUAUAUGAAGUACCUUGAAAGAAAAGAGCAGAGACCCUUAAAGCCCAAGGAAAAGGCAGAAAAGGACUCCAGUGUACUUCCUUUAAUUAUUAAAGGUGAUGUUGAUGGAUCUGUGGAAGCCAUCUUGAACCUUCUUGAUACGUAUGAUGCUUCCCAUGAAUGUGAACUAGAAUUGGUACAUUUUGGAUUGGGUGACAUUAGUGAAAAUGAUGUCAACUUUGCUGAGACAUUUGAUGGUGUUAUUUAUGGCUUUAACGUGGAUGCAGGCAAAGCUAUCCAGCAAUCAGCUGCACAAAAAGGAGUUAAGAUUAAACUUCACAAAAUCAUCUACCAUCUUAUUGAAGAUUUGCAGGAGGAACUAAGCAGCAGAUUGCCUCAUAGGCUAGAGGAAUACCCGAUAGGUGAGGCUUGUAUACUAGCUACGUUUGCUGUAACAGAAGGGAAGAGAAAAGUUCCUGUGGCUGGCUGCAGAGUUCAAAAGGGUCAGUUAGAAAAACAGAAGAAGUUUAAAUUAAUCCGAAAUGGACAAGUUAUUUGGAAGGGCUCAUUAACCUCAAUGAAACACCAUAAAGAUGACGUUUCAGUCAUCAAAACUGGAAUGGACUGUGGUCUUACUUUAGAUGAAGAAAAAGUAGAAUUCAAAGUGGGAGAUGAAAUUGUUUGUUAUGAGGAAAAUGAAGUGCCAGCUAAGACGUCUUGGGAUCCAGGAUUUUAAAUGUACAAUAAAAAUGAUAAAUGUA